AUGGUGAAAACCUGCUGUGUUUACAAGUGUCAUAACAGGUUUAAUGUUGAAGCUAAGUCCAGAGGCAUAAGUUUUUUCCGUUUUCCGAAGAAUAAAAGACAGCGCAAUGCUUGGAUCAAAGCCGUGAAUAGAAAGGACUGGCUACCGAACAAUAAUACUUGGAUUUGCUCGGAACAUUUUCUUGAUGGCUGGCAUGGUUAUGAACCUACCGAUGGUAAUUAUUCUCCUACCAUUUUUGCUUACAAAGAGACGGAGAAGAACGUGUCGCAGGUUGCGAGAGAAUCUAGACAUCUAGUUCGUGAAAAGUCGCAGGCCCUAGCCUACUACAUGUAG